AUGGGUAUUUUCUAAUGUAGAGCCGAACCCCUUACCCCCCUAUUAAGAGCAAGCAAAAGGUUGGGAAAAAUUCCUCGUUUGGGAAAAUUUACCCCUUUUAGAGUGAGCAAAAAUGAUGUUUUUAAUAUAAAUUAUUUUAUAAAUGUUUAUAUAAUUAAAAAUUUCAUAAGGAGAUCUCUUUCUACCUCUAUUAAAUUUACAUAGAUUCCAUUCAUUAAUUUAUAAAUUAAAUUAGAUUUUUCUUUUCGGGAUUUUUUAAAGCAGGAAAAAAUAAUUAUAUACAAUUUUGAUAUAAAGCAAUUAAAAAAUUCAACAUCCUUUAAGAGAGAACAAUAAAAUCUUGCUAAUUCUAAGGAGUUAGACUUGCUUCGCGAAGAAAUGAGCACUGAUGAAGUAUACGUCAAAGUCAAUGCAAUUCAUCGCAUACAAAUUAUCGCGACUAUUUUAGGCCCAGAAAAAGUUCAGAGCCAAUUACUGCCUUAUUUAUCAAGUAAUACUUUACUCAGCUUUGACAAACGAAGAAGACGAAGUCCUCUUUGCCUUAGCUCAAGAACUCGGUAAUUUGUCAUCAUUUUUGCCCAACCCGAGUGUCUUGCUCCCGUUGCUAGAAACACUUGCUAUGAUGGAUGAGACUGUUGUGAGAGAACAAGCUGUGAGAUCGAUAAAAACAAUAGCUGAAGUCCUCCCAGACAGCGAUAUAAUCUUUAAUUAUACUUAUAAAAGAAGCCUACUGUCAGGUGCUUGAAAGCCAUUUAUUCCCUUCCAUAACGAUCCAAUACUUACUUGUCAUCCACACACGGCCUUACGUUGUGCUACUCCUUCUGGGUGAGGUGGCAUCACUCUGGAUAAGUGUCCUAUUGGCCAAGAGACAUCUUCUGAUGCUGCUAAAAGAAUCCUUCAAAAAUUUUGAGUCUAUUUUGCCAUGAGGAAUAGCGAACUUUGGCUGAUCAGGUCAGCAUAAGGCUCCAUCUGCGCCAGUAAACCUAUCUGAAUGCACUCAUUGGACGCCUCUCUUCUUCAAAAUCCCCAACCUCAGUAAAGCCCAGCUGCACAAUUAAGAGUUUGAAUCUAUUAGCGCACCAUUUUAAUACACAGAGCGGUAUAAUCAAUUUACUUGUUCCUUCUGUGCUAAAACUUUCAGCUGCUGAGAACUUCUCAUCAAGGAUUUCUGCUGUCACUCUUUUUGGGGCAGCUUAUCCAAGAAGUGGAAAUUUCAAAGAAAAACUGAGGCAAAAAUUUUUAGAACUGAGCCACGAAGAUACUCCAAUGGUAAGAAGAGCGGCAGUUAUUGAAAUGGGAAUUUUUGCAAAAGUCAUUGAAAAACCUUUUUUGAUUUCUGAAUUAAUUCCUGACUUGAGACAGCUAGCCCAGGAUGAGCAAGAUCAGGUCAGAACUUUGUGCGUUGAUUCAAUGAUUGAGGUCGCAAAGCUUUUAAGUAAAGAAGAAAAUAAAUUGCAUGCACUCCCAAUCAUCCUUCUUGUAGGAGAAGACAAAUCCUGGAGAGUAAGGUAUCAUUUUGCCCAGAAAUUCCCACAAUUGGCUGAGUCGCUAGGAAAAGAAAUCACAGAAAACUCACUGAUCCAAACCUUUGUGCAGCUUUUGAGAGACGUAGAAGCAGAUGUGAAAUCGAUAGCUUUACAUUCACUGAAAGGCACAAUGAACUCUAUCAACAGAGAAAAAAUACAAAAUUUGGUGUUUCCGACAGUCGAAGCUAUAUCUUCAGAUUUAUCUUUAAACCCAAAAGUCAGGAAAAAUUGUGCUGAAGUGAUUUCAGAAAUGGUCCAAUACGUAGGCAGAGAGUUUGCUUCUGCUAAAAUCACUCCUAUUGUGCUUGUGCUGCUGAAUGAUGAAAGUUUUGAGGUCAAAAUGAAGAUGGUAGAAGGCUUAGGAAAUUUAGCUGCAGCUAUAGGAAUUGAAUUGCUUUCACCACCUAUUGUUAACCAAAUGACGACUUUAGUUAGAGAGUCACCUCAGUGGAGAUUAAGACAAGCAGUCAUCAAAAGUUGUGUUGAUAUCACAAGACAUCUGGGAGAAGAAGCAUUUAUAAGACAUCUGCAGCAAAUUUAUGUAGCAUUUUUGACAGACCCUGUAAACGACGUGAGAGAAGCAGGAAUUGAAGAGCUGAAUACUUUAACAACCAUCAUGACCCCUGAAUGGACAGUCGCUGAGUUUUUAACGAAGCUAGAAGAAAUUUAUCAUAACCAAGCCAACUGCAUAGCAAGAGUCACUAUCAUUAAAGCAAUGGGAAGCAUCUAUGUGAACUCAGACCAAUACGUGCCCAUCUUCAACGAAGCAGCAAGGGAUAAGGUAGCCAAUGUCAGAUUAGUCCUGUGCAAAACGAUCAAAAAACUUUCCACCAAAAUCGACGUCUCUCAGUUCAGAAACCUCCUGCAAGACCUAUCAAGAGACCCUGACAAAGACGUCAAGUACUAUGCACAGCAAGCUUUAAGAUAG